GUUUUAUUUCCCUUUCAUUUGUUUCUUUCCUACGAAAGAAGAAGCCGUUGAGAUGUGAUCUCUUUUUUCAUAUUUAUAAUUGGUACUCGGCCUGUACUGAGCGAUCAAUUGAUAUGCCUUCCGCUCCGUUUCCUGAGAACCACUAAGAAAUUGAACGAGAGAUGUUUAUAAAUUUUUUGUAGUAUAUAAAGUGUUGAUUUAGCUUUGCAAUUUUCAGGUCUCACUGCUAGUUUUACACUGUAUUGCAUAUUUUCAGGUCUCACUGCUAGUUCACCACUGUAUUGCAAUUUUUAUUUAUUUAAAUAAAAAUCACAGUCAUCCCAAAAAAAAAAAAAAAAUUGCAUUUUGCAUAGUUGGGUAGAGUGAGUGAAGUCUUAGUUUCUCAAUUAGGUUUCCAAAUACUAUAUUGGAUAUAGAAUCUUUGAAGCAAAGCUAUGGCAGCAGCAUUUGUUGGAGGGGCUGCUCUUGGGGCAGCAUUUGGUGAGGGCUUUGCAGUGUUACAUGACACGGUUAAGGAUGUGGUAAGCAAAGCCCGUAUGUUCAAACCCAUUCUUAAACGCCUAGAAUCCACGUUAAAUAAUUUGGCACCAAUGGUCAACGAAAUAACACAAUUAAGCGAACAACUUGAUCUCCGAAAAGUGGAAACAGAGAACUUGAUCAAAAAUAUGAAAAAGGGAGAGAAGCUGGUUCGCAAGUGCUUGAAAAUCCGGUGGUGGAACUAUUGUUUCAAAGUCUAUUACUCUUACAAACUUGAAGAGUUGGACAAAGAAAUUGUCAGGUUCUGUCAGGUUGAUUUGCAAGUACAUAGCGCAAGGAAUGGGUUGAGGACUUUGGUAAAUGUGAAUCUUAUUCUGCAGAAAGUGGAUUCGGUUGUGGAUAGAAAAGGAGUGCCGUGCACAGUUCGUGAUCCCCCGGAUUUUACAGUCGGGUUUGAUAUGCCAAUGAAGGAGUUGAAGACGCUGCUGUUGAAGGAGGAGGUCCAGCUGCUUCUACUGACUGCUCCUGGAGGAUGUGGGAAGACCACAUUGGUCCAAAUGCUUUGUCAGGAUGAUCAAAUUAGAGGAAUGUUUGAGGACAAUAUUCUCUUUGUGAAUGUUUCAAAAACUCCCAAUGUGAAGGUCAUUGUGCAGAAACUAUUAAAUUAUAAGGAUGUGCAGCCUAAUUUUCAAAUUCAAAGUGAUGAAGAUGCAAUCGACCAGCUGUCACAACUGCUGAAUCAUCUUAGCCCUAAUCCUAUAUUGUUGAUCCUAGAUGAUGUCUGGCCUGGAUCAGAAUCCCUUCCUGAAAUGUUUAAGUUUGAUCUUCCCAAUUACAAGAUCUUGGUUACUUCAAGAACUGCAUUUCCAAGAUUUAAAUUUACAUAUCACUUAAAACCACUAGAUGAUGUUGAUGCAAUGACUCUUUUCCAUCGCUCAGCAUCCCUACAUGAUGGGAGCUCUUAUCUUCCAGCAGAAGAAGAAGUCAAAAAGAUAGUAAGAGGCUGUGGGGGAUUCCCACUAGUCAUUAAAGUGAUUGGUGGCUCACUGUGUGGGCAGCAUGCAGUAGUAUGGCACAGUAGACUAAUGAAAUGGUCUGAUGGUCAAUUUUAUUUUAGUUCUGAUACGGAGCUGCUUGCUCAUCUUCAAAAAAGCCUAGAAUUUUCAGAUGACAAGGUCAUCAUUAAAGAAUGUUUCAUGGACCUAGGUUCAUUUCCCGAAGACCAAAGGAUCCCUGCUGCUGCACUCAUUGAUAUGUGGGCAGAAUUAUAUGAACUUGAUGAGGAUGGCAUCCAAGCCAUUGCCAAUUUGCAAGAACUCACCAUUCGAAAUCUGGCUAGUCUUGUGAUGGCAAGGAAAGAUGCAAGUGAGGUCAAAAGCUAUUACAACGAAGACUUUGUCACACAACAUGAUAUUCUUAGAGAGCUUGCUAUGCAUCAGAGCAGCCAGGAGUCUGUAGGACAAAGGCCAAGACUGAUUAUUAACAUAAGUGGAAACAAUCUACCAAAGUGGUGGACAGAACAAAAACAGCAACUCAUUAAUGCUCGCCUACUAUCUAUCUCAACAGAUGAAUUAUUCUCGUCCAGUUGGUGCAACAUUCAAGGAUCCAAAGUUGAGGUUCUAGUUUUGAAUUUUCAUUCAAAGAAUUACACCUUACCUGAUUUUGUGGAGAAAAUGGAUAAACUCAAGGUUUUGAUAAUCAAUAAUUUUGGUUUCUUUCAUUCCAAAAUAAGCAAUUUUCAAUUGCUCAGGUCUCUACCCAAUUUAAAAAGAAUUAGAUUAGAGAAGGUUUCAAUUUCUUCGCUUUGCAAGACCCUAGUACCAUUGAAGAGUUUGAAGAAAAUAUCCUUGUUUAUGUGUAAUAUUGGUAAGGCUUUUGAGGAUUGUACAAUUCAAGUUUCUGAUGCAUUUCCAAAUUUGACGGAGAUAAGCAUUGAUUAUUGCAAUGAUCUAGAGGAAUUGCCUGUUGGGCUAUGUGAUAUCAUCCACCUCAAAAAAAUCAGCAUCACCAACUGUCAUAAGUUGUUUGCACUGCCAGAAAAAAUUGGAAAGCUAGUGAAUUUAGAAGUGCUAAGGCUUAGGUCAUGUACUGAUUUGUCAGAGCUACCAGAUUCAAUCAAAAGCCUCCAUAAGUUAAGCAUUUUAGACAUAUCUGACUGCUUAAGCAUUAUGAAGUUGCCAAAACACAUUGGUGAGUUGUGUAAUUUAAAAGAGCUCAACAUGAAAGGGUGCUUGAGAUUGCGUACUCAGUUUCCAGAAUCAAUAAUGGAUCUUGAGCAGUUAAAGCUUGUGGUAUGUGACGAAGAGAGGGCCAGGUUAUGGGAGCCUAUCAAGGAAUUCCUCACCGAGCUUAAGGUAGAGGUGGCUGAAAAAGAUAUCAACUUAAAUUGGCUUCCCAAAUGAUUUCUGAGAACUGUCCUUCAAAAAUGUUGUUGGCUCUAAUUCCUUACCAACAAAGGACAAUCUGCUCAAAAGAAUCAAUAUUUAUGACCCCUCUUGUCUCCUUUAUGGUUUUGAAGUGGAGACUUGUUGCCAUCUAUUGUUUGGAUGCCCAGUUGCGAAAGCAAUCUGAUGGGGUUUCAGGUCUGAUGAGCACCAUAUUUCUCCCUGCACGGACAUCGUCAAGCUAAUUUUGGACCCUCCUUAAGCUCUAUGCCCUUCUGAAGACCAAUGGCUUAUUCCCUUAACAUGGCUCUCAUUCUUGAUGAAAUCUAGUUUCUUUUCAAGAGGGACAGGUUGACAUUCCAAACUCCAUAAUGCAGAUAAACUUCAAGUUCCUUGAAUUUUCAACUUGCUGGAAUCAAAAAAGCCCUCCUUUGCUGCACCGGCUGUAUUUAGAUGGGAGCCCCCUCCCCUAGGAUGGAUAAAACUUAACAUUGAUGCAGCUGUAGCCGAGUCUUCUUCUGCCCUUGCAGUUGUUGCUAGAGAUGACAAUGGCAUAGUAUCCAAAGCCUAGUCCCAAGACUCACCAUCCUUGUCCCCCUAUUGUAGCUGAAGCCAAUGCAAUUUUGUGGGCUGCCCAGUUAGCAAUCCAAGAAAGAUGGUCACAUAUCGUUAUUGAAAGAGGUGCAAAGUGAUGUUUUGACCCCCUGUCCGUUGAAGAUGUUAUUCCAAACUGGUCUAUUGGUAAAUUUAGUCUGUAGUAUUUUAAAUCUUAAAGUAGGUUUUGUUCAGUGUUGUUUUCGUUGGGUUAAAAGGGAGAGUAAUUAUGCAACUCAUGUCAUUGCAAAAUUCUCUCUUGCUACUAGUGAGUCCUUUUGUUUUAAUAAGGAUAAUCUCCCUAGUUGUCCACUCUGCCUGUUUGGGAGAUUGUCUCUUUGCACUUUCCAUAUGAAUAAAAGUUGAA